ACCGCUAUAAAACAACCCAUCCAGAUGUCGACAGGCCACUACAUCUAGGUUUAGCAGCCAGAUGGACCUCAGAAAAUUUGCACCUUUUGUCUUUCUCCUAAACCUGGGGAUUCUCCCUCUAACUGUAAAAGGUAUGCCAGUCUCUUCUUUUCAUCGUAGGCCGUUGCAAUCAGCAUUUGUAUUGUUCUUAUACCUAACAAAAGGCAAAUAUUACUUUUUUUCUUGUAACAUAGUUGAAAAUUGUUAAAAUUUCAUCUCCUGAAAAGCAAUUCACCUCGGUCGAAGACUUUCUAUUUUGUUCUUUAUUUUUUAAGGAACACUGCGUGUACUUAUUUAGACCAGCUCACAUAAAGACAGAAGGUCUGACAGCUAAUAUUUUUGAAUUUCUAAGUUGUUCUGAUUUACAACUUUGGGGAACACAACAAGCCCCUCCCUCUCGUUUAAGUGACUAACUCAGUGCUCGAGCUUGCGACUAGAGUACUAAGGUCAAAGUCUCUGAUCGAUGCAUUUUUCCAUCUUAUUUAAUGCGCCAGUUUCUAUACAUCUCACGAUCUCGAGAAAAUGAUUAUAUUACAAAGUUUUCGAUGGAUUAAUUUGUUUGUUGUGACUCUGUUGUCCAAAAUAGUACAGUCUGUUUCCGUCAGCGGGCUACCACUUGGAUUGAAGGAAAACGAAACAAAAUUUUAAUCACAGACAGGUGAUUGAUUCUUGAUACGAUAUUUCAUAUCCCCAAAAGACCUACAGUUUGGAGAUUUCACAGCUAGAACAUAAGAUUUUGACAGUGGGGUGAGAUCUCUGAAAUUAAACCUGCCCCUUACACUCCACACCCACAUUCUCAUGCAACGCGAAAGUUUUAAUCCAUUUCAAACUUUUGACGGCCAAAGUGAUAGCUGGCAGUUCAUCAACCCAUCUCUUACAGAAAACCUUAAACGAAUUUUUAUUCUUUGAGUUUCCUAUUUUGGAAUCAGUCAUUUCCGCACUUCUACCGAUGUUCAUAUUUCCUAAUCCGUGCAGCUCUGUUUUAAUCCAAUCAGAGAUAACUGUCAUUUGCGGGCUACCCUUUUGAUGCGAGGAACCGAGCUUACUCGACACACUGCGUGUGCGCGCGUAGCAAAACGGUAAUUUCAUUAAUCUAGAUAUUUAGAUUUGCUCUCAACAAGUGGAGUAACUGAACAUGAAGGAAAAAGGAGCUAGGGGAGAUAAAAUUGGACUUAAAACAAAUCUAAAAAGAGUUAUUACAGUAGCUGUUCUCCGAGUUUGCCAUUUGGACCGCCGCGAUCUUUAUCAAAUAUUGUCCAAACCAAGAGUGAAACAUUGAAAUAUGAUAAAGGCAAAGCAAACAAUAUAAAAAGUACAUGAUAUCAAAAUUUGCAUACAGAUACUUACUUCCAAGACGAGAAUGCGCUUGUAUAGAACUGACCAGAUAUGCCAUUCACCAAAUUGUUCAGUACAAUUCCAGAGAAGCAUGUUGAACAAUUGAGGGGCGGGGGAGGAGGGGUCCAAAGAAAUCGGUCGUUCAGUCCGCCUGCCAGUAUUACCUCACGUCUCGCGUCGGUGACUUUCAAAAUGGCGAGCAAAGUGUUCAUCGAAGAGACAGAUAAAAAUUUCGAAUUUACCAAGGAAAUACCGCUCUGAUUUCUUGGAUUUGGAGAUUUUAAGUUCCCUCUUGUCAUAGAAAACUAGACUUUAGUACUUUUUUAGGAUGAAACGUCUACUGGUGUAAUAAAUUUUAAAGAUUCCUUUCUAUCGUUGAACAAAUUUUAUGGGCAAUCAAACCGACCAGUCACACUUUUGAGGGCCAGUGCACAGCAAGAUUGAGAAAUUUAGACACAGCAAUAGGAGGUUCAUCAAAGGAUUUAUUAUACUUUACAUUGUGCGUAUUUUGAGCUCUUCAGAGCUAGUGGAACCUCAUAUCAAUCCUUUCAAGGUUCGCUUAGCUGUAGCGUUGCAAAAGGAAGCUACAUGACAGAUAUUUGUGAGAGACUGUGAGCACUGAAUCUUGUUGCUUUAACAUAGUUUAAUACUGUACUGGGCAUACACCUGUAAUUCUAUAAUUAAAUCCGGAAAACCAAUGGUUUCGUUUAAUUAUUGUUUGGAGGCAAACCCAGUGGAAAUUUUAGGGUAAUAAUAUUGAUGAUUAAGACGAUGUACAAAAGGCAGGUUUAAAUUUCGCCAGUGGAUCACUGGUGGGUGUGCAGUCUUGUGGUGUACUGUGUGUUGUUUGUCAUGAUGUCAACUAACAUUGAAAAAAAUUCAGCUGUUUGAGAGGAGAGGGGACAUAAGCUGACAGCUUGUGGUUUUUUCUGGCCGUAAGCUUGGCCAGUAUGCAGAUCAAGAACUCUUGAAAUUCCUUUUCCAAAAUAAUACUCCGGACUUAAGCUUAAAAUAUAUAUUGAUCGCAGUGCAUGACCAACAGGGUCAGCAGUAAGAAUAAAGAAAAACAAGCGAAAAGGAAAAACCAAAUAUCAAAACGGUUUACACAAGCAGAUUAUAGCAACACCAAAGCUCACACACAUUCGAUCAAAUUAGCGAUAUAUAGCGAUAUUUGAUAGCUUCUUAGGUUUUCCUCGACCUCACUCGUCCUAAUAACUGUCGUAUCCCUCGCUAAUCUGCACAAGCGACCGUGAGGCUCUUGCCCGUUACUAUGUGACGUCAUACUGGCAGGCGGAGUGGGUCAAGAAACUUAGGAAUAAAACAAUAGAGUUACCUCCCCCUCCCCACCCCCUGAUGUUGAGUAAAUGAAAUGAAAAAUAUCUGUAUAUAUAAACUUCUUCCUCCUAAAUUUUCUCACAUAACUACAAGGCAAAGAUUUUACACCUCGCCUGGAAAUGAAAAGUGAAAAAUGCUAGGCUACGUUUUUUCUUUUCCCUAUAACGCCAAAGUAGAGUCGCUUAUUACCCUCUAGACUUGAACCAAGGCCAAGUUACGUUUCUACAGCGCUAUUUAAAUAAAAAGAAAAGUCACAAUAUCCUUGCAAAAGAACAGCUUUUGGUGAUAUUUCUUUCAAACUGAAAUUCACUAAAUGAAGAAGAAUUAAUUUUCUGUCCUCACAUUUUAAUAACACACGAAAGUUGCUUAUCUCUCCUCACCUUUCAAAUAAACACAGACACACCCCUGGCCGCUCUUCAUUUCUUUUCAAGCAACACUCCGUCUCUUUCCAUCCCAUACCUACACUACAUUGAGACAUUUUUUUUCCAUUUUACAGGCAUUUCCUAUCAGGUUGGAAAACUAAACGCAUCAGAGGCGCGUCAAGGAUGGAAUUGCAACAGCGGAUGUGAGGCGCCACAACAUUGUACACUGCCACGCUGCACUAACGUGGUAUUUCCGCAAACGUUCAGUGGAUCUGGAACAGUAAGUAUACCUUAAAGCAAUUAAAAAUUACCCUAUUUCUUCAAAUAAUAGCCUCGAGCGAUUAUUCGAGGGAGGCGAUUAUUUCAAAUAUUGGUCACUGGAAGUCGAUCCCCAAAUAUUUUAUUUUGUUACCCGUUAAAUGAAAAUAAAGAAAUAAUCACAUCAAAUAUACUAAACAUGGGCUUUAUAAGUUUUGAAAAAAUGGUUCGUUGUCAGAAGCAAUCCUGUUCCUUGGUUAUUUUUCAAUUUCAAUAUCCUUGGCGUUAGAGCUUGAAUCGUCACUGAUCAGUUUUGCUGGAUGAGAUUCCACUUCAGCUUUGUUUGUUAUCCAAGGCGUCAAUUUUUAACUCGACAGGGAGGUGGUAAAGAAAGAGAAGAUAGCGAGAAGGGUGGGGGUUAGGGGCGAUUAUUUGAGGGAGGCGAUUAAUCGAGGGACGGCUAUUUUUCGAGGAAAUACAGUAGUCUAAUCUUAAGGGUUGGUGGCAACUUUCUUUUGUUAGCAGAACACAAUAAGCUUCUUUAGAAACUAAUUUUUUUUAACAAAUUUUGAUUUGCCAGCAUUGUGGCCUUUGUAAUGUUAUGACCUCAGACAAUUUAGUGCGCAUAGGUGUGCUCAAGUGCUCCCUAAUCCCUAGGAUGCCAGUGUUUUCAAACAAAACAAAACAAGACAAAACAAAAAAUCCAGAGAAUUCUGACAAUAAAAAUAGGCUAGAAGAUCUUUAAUCCUUGGAAUGGGGCCGGGAAUGGAGGGUUGAAUUAGAUCCUCUUUUUCUUCAGAUUUAGUGUGAGGAGUGCACGCGCGCACGAGCAUUGAAACCACCAGACGCACGCGAGAAACGAGGGCGGCAGUCACGCGCGUGGUCAUUUUCGUUUCUCGCGCGUUUCGCACGACAGACAGAUCAACAGUCCGGAAUAUCCCUAAAUUUAAGGACAGGGCCAAAUGGUCACGCGACACUGUUCAACCAAGUAGAAGGUGGGCUUGUGUUUAUCAAAAAUGAUCAAAAUGAUCAAAAAUUUUCACAACAGCGGACAGAGUCGGACAGAUUUUAAGAUAAGCCAGGGGCCCAUAACCUGGAUAAGCUUACAAUACUCGGCUAGGUUUCACAUUAUUUCAAAGAAAACAUUUGAUGUAAGAGAAUAAGAGUAUUAUUCAUUGCAAGGAAUCAUUGGGGUGUUCGAACUGAUUCUGGACCGAUCGCAGAGGUCGUGGCUUCACUGACUUGGCUUGCAAGAUUUUUGAUAGAAGCAAACUUGAAAAUUUGUUGAGAUCGUACAAAACAGGAAUGGUACUACCUAUUAACUUCUACAGAACAAGAAUAAAAGAACCAGUCAUCAUAACAAGAAUAAAAAGUGGUUCAAAUUUAUUAAUUUUCCUUUUUUGUUUUUUUGUGUUGUUUCGUGUUGACUUCACGCAUCUGGUGCUUUCUUUGCUUGUUGUUGUACCUGCAAUGUUUUAAUUUUAUCCCAGAUAAUCAGUGCAUGUCUAAUGUGUAGCGAAUUACAUCAUUUACAGUUGAAAUUUGUCUUCUUUCUUUGAUUUUUUUAACUGUGGAUGAACAUUUGGAGAAUCCAACAACAAUAAAUCUUUCCUGAUUUGGUGAAUUUCAGAAACAAAGUGGUUAAUAACUACCUUGCGCUUAUGAUCUUUAAUUUUAUCCCCGCAAAUUCGGCAAAGUGAGGCGAGAUGCAUGUUGGACGUGAAUAUCCAUAAGACUAAUAAAGUUGUUUUGGCCUUGAAAAGAAAAAAGGCAAAGGCUCGAAUUAAUGCGAAAAAAAGUAGUAACACGGCUCUUCCAUGUCUGCGUGAAACCUGGGAGUGGAACACGUUCGAUCUCUCGCAUCAAGGACAAUUUCUCACAUCUGACUCUCAAAUCCGGACAAAUUGUUCUUAACACAUGAUGACUGUGUCCUUUUUUGUGUUCUAACGAAAUCAUAUCAAAGCACGCUAAAAGUGUCGUCUUUUAAGUAGCUUCGAAAGUGCUCAAACGUCAGGACUUCUAGCACAUCUGAGGACAUUUAACUUUCGGCAAUGUUCGGAAGUCUUCGGUAAUUCGUCGGAAAUCUUUGGAAGUCGCCGGGACGUUUCGUGAAAUCUUGGUUAUGACAAGGUGAAAAUCUCACGCAUUUGACUCAGGCAGGUAUAAAAUUGGGACGUAGAUCGUAAGAAGACCAAGAAAACCGUCUCUGAAUCAUCUCAGUAAAACCCUGCAAUUGCCUUUGUAAUGCCCUCAUUCUGAGCAGCCAUCGUAUGCUGGUGCGUUCUCAGAGAAACGUAAAUUUGAAAUCAUAGGUCAUUUGCAGAUGGUACAUGACACACAUGAGAUUUUAAGCGUCUUGCUGCUAAGAUUACGCCUAAAAACGCACAUUUGAUCACAUUAUACGAUGAAAAGAGUGGAACAAUGCUAUUCAAGGCCUUAAGAGCAACUCCGCGUAAAUAUCAACUAGACGUGGAAAUAGCCAAAAAAUGACCUGGCCUCAAACUUGGCCAGAAUAAAGCCCUAUGGGCCCUAGUUACAAAAUCGUUGGUUUAAGUACGAUCGAGUGAAUAAUAUUUUUUUAACGAAUUUUUUCCUUCCCGAGGCCUAAAAUGGGCAAAAAUCAUGCAAAAUUAGAGUCAUAUUCAGUGGCUCGUAUAUUUUAAAAUAAAGUUGGCUACUGAAAUAUAAUAACACUUCACAUUUUUUCUAUCUUUCCUCUAUAAUUUUAACUGAUUAGUUCGCGAUUUGGUCAACAAGAGAUUUCUUAAGAAAUUUUCAAAGUUGUUGACUCAAAAUCGCUUAAUCAACCAUCAUAAUUUAGCACUUUUUCACGAGCUAAAAAAGCGGAUUGGUACAUGGCUUUGAACAGCAAGGCGUGUUUAGCCUGAAAGACCAUUCUUUUUUCUUCAAAUUAGCGAAAUAAAAUUUUUGGGUAAAUGAAAUCACGAGCGCUGACAAAGCGAAGCAAAUGUAAAUGUUACACUAAAAACUGGCGAAAAACGUGACCUCUGACCGAAGCACAACCAAAUGCAAAUUACGGUAGGCGCCAAACUUUUAAUUAUUCGGUAACUUGUCGAAACAAUAUUGGUCUGAAAUGUGUAUAGGUUCUUUAAAAUAAAGCGGAGUUAAAGUAUUAAGUGUCAAAAAGUCCACAAAGCGGUAAAAAAUACAACAAAAGUCACAAGUAAUCUGUUCCGUUUUCUGAAUUUUAUGCAGCGAUUUAACGAAUUAACUGUGUUAGUUUAAGAGUCCAUAGAACUUCUCAGAAGAUUCCUCGGAGAGACCUCCAGAAGGAAAUGAAUGAAGAAUUUGAACUUAUAACUGUAACAAUUUCACUUACCGCCACCGCAAUGAACCAAAACAACUGUCGAACUGCCACAGGCAAACCAGCUUUCAGUGCAGUCAUGCAAAGCAUGUCACGUCACGUAAUUCUGCCCAGUGCAUUUGGGAAGGAGGCAAGAAACAGGAGCCAUAAUGGGUCUUGGAAAGAAAUUAUUCCACGCCGUGCGCUAAAACAUUUAUGAAAUAAAAUUAGCUCUGGACUGUUUCAUUUUUGCCUCGGACUUGAUGAGCAGGCGUUUUUAGGGGAUUUGUAAUUCCUCCCUCCCCACAAACGAAAAGUGUGAAUUUUUUUUUUUUUUCACCAAGGGAGGCUAAAUGUUUGGUUGCCUCUUAGGACAAAUUCGCUUCAUGGAUCCGGAUUUCUUGUCAGUGGAACUUGUGGAAGGCGCAAGUGCAAUAACUGGAUCCAAGUGUAAUAAAGGUCCAUCCGUAAUAACAUUUGAACCCAAGUGUGAUAAAGGUUUCAUCUGUCACGACUGAGAUAAUAUGAGACAUGUCCACAACGUCCUAAGUAUGGUUAUCUUAACUUAAAAAGCUGACAUCACGGUUCAUGUGACCAAACAGAACUAGAAAAAAUACCAUAGAAUCUAGCAAUGGCUCUCAGCAAGAGACUAUAAAGGGGACAGAGAGGGCAUCCCCCAUAUACACCAUAUUCCAUGUCUUCCAUAGGUAAUUCGUCUCGAGUUAUUUUUAGAAUCGGGAUAAAGUUACCUCGCGCGAGGCGUGGAUGUUUCGUGGAGGUUUCGCAUGACCAAACGCCGUGCAAAACAGGUCGGGCGAGAGGCAAUGAAAGCGUAAAAUGAUCGAGAGCAUUCCUGAAUAUUGAAGCGAAAUGAGUCGGCGCUCACCUGGGAAAAAGGAAUCGCUGGACUCUUUGACAACCCGUGAAAUCAGUUUAACUCGAAGUUGUCGUAACCUCAGUGCUUUAAUAAAAUGAGAAAUUUCGCCGGUCUAUUGAAACCGGUCGUUUGUACAAUUUAGGGAGUUUAAGAUCCAACGACACGGACGACAACUUAUAGAACGUCAAAAAAACAAUAGGUUUAAUUAGCAAAACAACAACUUCGCACGUGCAACACACUUUUUUGUUCAUUUCUUUCCCAUUUUUGCACGACUACGACGUGAAAAUGCCUAAUUUCGCGUUUAAUGGAGGACGUAAAUAAGCAACGACGAAAUUUUAUUUCUCUUUCUGAGCUUGAAUAUGGUCCCUUGAAAUUCAGCUUUAGGAGGGUUCGCCUACAAUUGACAAAGUAAGUGGGUAGGAAUAAUCGCUAUAAAGACUGAAAAAAUGAACAUCAAACCAGAAAUUGCUCUCUUCAAACUGUAAAUUAUAAAUCAUCCUGAGAGAAUAUUCAGUGUGUUAAGGAUUUCCCUGCUCUACUGUUAGCUCUAUACAAGAGAGGAAGGGCGAUUCUCUUUUAAUUUCGGUUUCGCUGACACAGCUUUCGCAGAAAUCUCGCUGUAGUCGUUUUCGUCGACAAAAGGAAUAGCAAAAUCGCUCUCCGCAUCUUCCCCCAUUUUGCUCUGCGUCAUUUCGUGAAGGACGCGUGGCUCUCAGCGUGGGUCAUCCACGCGGAACACAUUCGCGCUAUGUGAAUGACUGUUGUCUAAUCCCCUUUGAGAUCUGUGGUGUUAAAAAUAACUCGAGACGAAUUACCUAUGGAAUAGGGUGUAUAUGGGGGAUGCCCUCUCUGUCCCCUUUAUAGUCUCUUGCUCUCAGUUAAAGUUUUGGCAAAUUUUUGCUAUGAAACGUGCUUUUAAAAAAUUCAUCGCUUCAGAACAAAUAAAUGUGUCAUUCCCGUUCGCUUACAUAAAAUGUCAGGCGAAACAAUCUUAAACCCCGGAUCUGUUAUUAUUUUUCCCCUCAGUCGUCUUGUCAUUUUCACUAUUUCACUCACGGCUGAAUUUUAUCGAUAGGAUUUCAUGACUGUCAGUACUUUGCAAAAAUAAGUUCCCGCAAAUAAAAAUUACCGCAAAAAAAUUUGCCGCAAAAAAUUUACGCCAGAGGAAAUAUUGUAUUCCCUAACUUAAAUUCACUAGACAAGAAUAAGGUACCAAGAAAUCGUGUCUGUUCAAUUACAACUGGUCUGUUUUUUUCAGAAACAAAUACUGACGCACCCUUAGUAUUCUUUGAAAAUAUGUAUUUCUAUUGCACGUACUCAAUAAAAACGAAAAUAUUAUCAAUGCUGGGUACUGGGUACUUUCUGAAAUUGCAAAAAUUAAUCCCCACCAAGAAAAACCAGUCUGUCCUAAUCGCAAAAAUUAGUUCCCGCAAGACACAAAAAAUCGCCAAUCCGCAAAAAUAAACUCCCGCAAGAAUUUCGUUCCACACGGUACUUGGAAAAAUGAUCGGUUGUUUGAUCAACCAGGGUCAGGUCGUUACUUUUGGUUCCUUACUUGCGCCAGUUCAGGUUUAUUAGACUACCUUUGUAAUCACCAAUGAUGUUUAUAAUUAUGUACUUUAGUUUUAAAUUCAAUUUUGGUAACGACCCCACAGUAUCAGCCCCCGACAAAGGUUUGUGUUGCAAACCGACUAAUACCGGGAAGAAUGAUUUCAUGUAUAUUCUUAAGUUUGUUUGUACUGGCUUUCUUUUCUCUUUUCGUCGAUCAGUUCCUUCGAUUUGUCCUUUUAAAUUAUCCAAAUCUUUUUUUGAGAUCCGGAUGUGGCCACUAGUUCAUUGGCUUCCGAAGAGCUCAUUCCCUGUUGUUGGCUUUUAGUGGGGAUGUUUCAACACAAGGAACCACCGAACCACAGGAAACCGAAUGAUUAGAAACGGCUCGCAACAAAUAUGUCUCUUGUUCCUCUAGGAUACACAUGAUCAACACAAUUUUCAUAUUACAUAAAUAAAAUUAUACUGUUUUUCGUCCUACAAGUGAGCCUCUAAUAUAACUCGAAAAAAAUUGAUUUACUUACACACGCCAGCAUAAGCCUUGAUUGGCUCCGAACUCAGAGUAACAUCUUUGCAGGGGGAGAUCCAAGAAUUUUUCAUUGGGGUGGGGGGAGGUCCAAAUUUUGGUUCAGAAAGGACUGUUGAAUGCAAUUUACUUUUCCCCACACCCUCUCCCAGUAGUCACUGAGAAGGCGAUAGACGACUACGUGUUUCUCAAUCUGUGAAAGCCAGUUGCCGCAGGCCCGAGAAAUACACAGACUACGAAGGGUACCCAAAGAAAAUCACAUUUUUGAAUAUCCCUGGAAUUUAGUUUGGUGGCAAAAUACAACACGCGUUUCAUUAAAAAAUUCAGCCAGUUAAACAGUGAUAUACAAUCCUAUCGUUAUAAGGAUUUUAGUCUGAAACAAGUAUCAGGUCUGAUGGAGUGGGGCCGGGGGGGGGGGUCUCGGAUCCCCCCGACCAUCCCCCUGGACCCGCCACUGCUUUGGUGCCCUUUGAUAUCCCGUUCAACAGCAUUCGUUAAUUCGAACACACCAAUUGCUAACUACAGAUGCACGUUCUGAACUUGAAACACAAUAAUUAUAAACAGCAGAUAAAAUAAAAGAAGUGCACUGCGUUCCUCGAGCAAAAACAGGGAAAAAGUUAUUCUUUUCUUUAACUAGUUAGAAAAGAUACAGUCCAAAGCUUGUUUUAUGUCAUAAAUGUUUUAGCGCACAGCAUGGAAGAAUUUCUUCCCUCCCUUCCAAAUGCGCGGGGCCGAAUUACGUGACGUGACAUGCUUUGCAUGACUGCACUGAAAGCCGGUUUGCCUGCAUCCUCGGAGACCCAGGGGCAGUCAGUCGGGUCGAUAAAAUGUUCGUGGUGAAAGUUUACUGUAAGAUCGAGACGAGCCCCUGGGCACUUACUCUUACCGAACCAGUUCCAGAAGCGUUUGAAUUGCCUGCUUCUGAUUGGCCAGAAAAAAAUUUUUCUGGCCAAUCAGCGAAGAGAAGCUGCCGGGUGACUCUCGUGUUUUCUUACACGACGUAGUUUUCCUCAUCGAUCGCUAUAGUUGCGUAGCGCGUUCAACGGGCAAGUUCCUCGAGGAAAGUUUCAGAACAAAAUGUUAACAACCCGCAAAAACUACAACCUUUAGCACGGCUACAAGAAACAAACACUCUCCGAUGAAUUUUUAAGGCAGAUCUUUCCAAGGUAUCGUAAAUUUUUAUUGCUGAUACGAUACGCGAUGCAUGACUUUCACUUUCCACACCUUAAUUUGCUCACAUUGUUUAGUAUACAACUCCAAGGUUACAUUUUAGACGUCCAUGUUCGUUGCACGACUUCUGAACUUUCUACAGCGUGAAAAUUUCCGUUGCACGGGCCACGCAACUGCGUCGAUUGAUCGUGGGAAUUGCUGGCUUGAUGCAGUGCGCACCUUCUUGCUUUCGCGCAAACUCCCUUACCGUAAGUACUUUAAAUACAGCCGUUGUGUUUAGUUCGAAAUCUCGGUCCGGUUAUGUGCUGAAUCGUGACUUUUUAAGUGAGGUCGAUUUUUGCAGGCUGUGUGGGUUUGUUUUUACGGAUAAGCGAAGAAAAAAAAAUAAAGUUGAGUUUGCGAAAAAUGUUUGAAAGUGGUUGGUGUGAAAGUUUUGGAGGGCGAUAAAAGGCGCAGGGUGUGACACGUGUAGGUAUAGAGUUGAGAAAUCGUGGAAGGGUGGGAGGUCUAUAUAGAUAUUUUUGUAGUCACUAAAACUUUACAAGAGGUGAACGCUCUUAAGGAAAUUCCAGGGAGAAGAGACCAAGGAAUAGGGACACUUUCCAAAGAUCCAACUUCAGCUCUUGAUUUCAAGGACCUGGGUCAGGGUCUGGCUUACUGGGUUAAUCUUCACUGUGAUUAGAAUUAUGGCUAAUAUAGUACAAAUGAAUUUUCAUUAUAAGAUAUCUUUUAACAAAUACAUGUAUAAAAUUAAUUUCACAUAAUAUGUGAUUUUUUGCCAAACUUUUUAUCUAUGAUUGGCUUGAUGUUUCCCCCUACUGACCCCCUCAAACACAUCCACAGUGCCAUUGUUUUAACUCCCUUGCAAUUGAUGUUACAAGAUUGGACUUAUUUUGAAAGAAUAAUGCUGCAAUAUUAACAAUUUUCCUUUGGUGCAUUUUUUUGAUAUUUUACAACCUCCCUAUUAUAAUUCUCCUCGUCUGACAAUAAUAUUCUUCAUUUAUAAUUAUUUUUAAAUCUUUAAACACCCUCUUCAGAAAGGUAAAAAUCUUUAUUGCAUGGUCACCAUUACACACAGUGUCUCUAAAAUACCUUCCACAGUACAUAAUUUAUGACAAUUAACAAUUAUUGUUUCCUAUAGAAGACAAUCAGAGAAUACAAAUUCUAGAAUACAAGCAGUGAAGAUUUGAUUCUUGAAAUUCUUGUCUCAGAUCAUCUUGAUUUUCUUUAAGCAGACUAACAGUCUUUGGCACUGAUGUCACAACAUAAGUGGCUUGGAAUGAUUCUGCUGUUUUCAUUACUGUCAUCAAAAAGGAAGGAUUUUUUCUCUCUUCUGCAAGUUGUUGUUAAAAUAAAAUAAAAUAUUGAAGCUCCCUAGUAUUUCUAUAAGUCAAGCAGUAGUAUAAGUAGACAUGUGAAUUCCAAUAAUGAUAAAGUAAAAAAAAACAAUCUCAACAGCUGAAAAAUAAAAUUAAUGUAAUGGCAUCUGUAGUUCUGUAUUACGGGAUGUUUUUCCAUUUGUAAUAUGUAAAUGUUCAAUUGCACUAUUAUCUUAAGCAGUCACAAGGCUUACUUUAUCAGCUUUUAAUUGUCAAUAGAUGGUGACAAAAACAUGAUAAUUCUUGUGAAGUGUCUGUCAGCUUUUAGACAACAUUACUGAGCAUCCUUGAAUAAAAGCCAGAUCUACUGUUAAGUAUAAUGAGGGUCCUGUAGAGGGAUAACAAUCCCAUUGAAACUGUUUAACCCUCAAUUCCCAUUUUUUACAUUUUUUUACAUUCUCAGUGAUAGAAUCCCCUGCUAGUGACUUAAAUCCCAUUUUACCCUUCAGAACUCCCCACAAUGAAUCCAGUGUAGUACCCUUUCUAGUAAACAAAUCAGCAUACUUACCAAUGAACAGCUGUAUGUACCUGCAACAGGAUUCUUCUGGUAAAACUCCGUAGAGAACAUUGCCCUGAAUUUCUUGUCCCCCCAGUUAAUGAUUUCGGGCUUCCAUACAACAAAGAAAACGCUCCCUAUCCAUUCAAUAUUUCUCGAUCUUUCGUUUUGCUUUCCCCUAAGUAAGCGCCCUGAAUUCCUAGUGACCUCGAGUACUUUACCUGGUCCUCAACAACUGACAUGAGAGAUGAAAUCACUAUGACCAAAGGAUUAUAAGGGAAUUCAUAACCUUUAGCAUCUAACGAUUUUUAAACCCCCCUAGCUUACAGGCAACAUUUGGAAGGUUAGACUCUUCUAUCAAUUGCCCAAGAACAUCUCUUCUUUUCACAAUCUUCUCAAUAACAAAUCUUUGCAAGCCUUCUUCAAGCGCUUGCUGGACGUUUCCCUCGAAUCUAAAGUUAACACUACUAUCAACUUCGGCAGAAUUCGUACGGUCAACUGCUGUAAGCUUUUAAGCUUAAAAUUUGGAGCAAAAGCAAGAAGAAGGCACUACAGCUAUGCGCUAGCCGGCAUUUCCCACGAUCAAUCGACGUAGUUUCGUGGCCCGUGCAACGGAAAUUUUCACGCUGUAGAAAGUUUCAGAAGUCGUGCAACGAACAUGGACAUCUAAAUGUAAACUUGGAGUUGUAUACUAAACAAUGUGAGCAAAUUAAGGUGUGGAAAGUGAAAGUCAUGCAUCGCGUAUCGUAUCAGCAAUAAAAAUUUACGAUACCUUGGAAAGAUCCGCCUUAAAAAUUCAUCAGAGAGUGUUUGUUUCUUGUAGCCGUGCUAAAGGUUGUAGUUUUUGCGGGUUGUUAACAUUUUGUUCUGAAACUUUCCUCGGGAAACUUUCCCGUUGAACGCGCUACGCAACUAUAGCGAUCGAUGAGGAAAACUACGUCGUGUAAGAAAACACGAGAGUCACCCGGCAGCUUCUCUUCGCUGAUUGGCCAGAAAAAUUUUUUUCUGGCCAAUCAGAAGCAGGCAAUUCAAACGCUUCUGGAACUGGUUCGGUAAGAGUAAGUGCCCAGGGGCUCGUCUCGAUCUUACAGUAAACUUUCACCACGAACAUUUUAUCGACCCGACUGACUGCCCCUGGGUCUCCGAGGAUGGUUUGCCUGUGGCAGUUCGACAGUUGUUUUGGUUCACUGCGGUGGCGGCAAGUGAAAUUGUUACAAUUAUAAGUUCAAAUUCUUCAUUCAUUUCCUUCUGGAGGUCUUUCCGAGAAAUCUUUUGAGAAGUUCUAUGGACUCUUAAACUAACACAGUCUCAGGUGGGUAUCGUUAGUUCGUUAAAUCGCUGCAUAAAACUCAGAAAACGGAACAGAUUUAAUACUCGUGACUUUUGAUGUAUUUUUUACCGCUUUGUGGACUUUUUGACACUUAAUACUUUAACUCAGCUUUAUUUUUUAAAAAAAAUAUACACGUUUCGGACAAAUAUUGUUUCGAGAAGUUACCGAAUAAUUAAAGGUUUGGCGCCUACCGUAAUUCGCAUUUGGUUGUGCUUCGGUCAGAGGUCACGUUUUUUCGCCCGUUUUUAGUAUAACAUUUACAUUUGCUUCGCUUUGUCAGCGCUCGUGAUUUCAUUUACCCAAAAAUGUUAUUGCGCUAAUUUGAAGAAAAAAGAAUGCUCUUUUAGACUAAACAAGCCUUGGUGUUCAACCAUGUACCAAUCCGCUUUUUUAGCUCGUGAAAAAGUGCUAAAUUUUGACGUUUGAUUAAGCGAUUUUGAAACAACAACUUUGAAAAUUUCUUAAAAAAUCUCUUGUUGGCCAAAUCGCAAACUAAUCAGUUAAAAUCAUAGAGGAAAGAUAGUAAAACUGUGAAGUGUUAUUAUAUUUUAGUAGCCAACUUUAUUUUAAAAUGUACGAGUUACUGAACAUGACCCUAAUUUCGCAUGAUUUUUGCCCAUUUUAGGCCUCGGGAAGAAAAAAAUUCGUUAAAAAAAUAUUAUUCACUCGAUCGUACUUAAACCAACGAUUUUGUAACUAGGGCCCAUAGGGCUUUAUUCUGACUGAGUUUGAGGCCAGGUCAUUUUUUGACUAUUUCCACAUCUAGUUGAUAUUUACGCGGAGUCGCUCUUAAGAACAAGUUUUUUUGUAAAAAAUAAGGGACAAGCAGGUCCUUUGUCAGUUGACAGUAAAACCCAAGGCAAAUGUCAGUAGUCAGUUAAAUUUUCGGCUAUUUGUGAGUUGUCAGUCGUCAGUUAACCCAAUCCAGACCCUCUUCUAGGUUGCCUACUAUCCCCACAUUCAACGUGAUAAACGUUAAUGGAUAUGACAAUUGAGGAAAAAUAUCUAGAACUUCGUAAAAAUCUGUAAAUCGAAAAAAAUUAUAGAUACUUGUUCACCUACCUUGAAAACCGACCAAAAUCUCGCCUACAUCGUGUUGUUUAAAAGAAGAAAUAAGGCACAAAAUGUGCUGAAUAUUUCACGAGAAACUUCCAAUAUGGCUUUCGAUACGCUUUCCACUUGAAAAAAUUGUGUAUGCCUCAUGAAAAGUCUUACAAAUAUGCCUGAGAGUCUCGAAAUGGUGACUGUGGUCGUUUAGGUAAUCUAUCCGCCAUUUUUCUCGCGAACAAUAGCUCCAUGACGUCACAACUGCCUUUAAAUUUAUUCCGUACUGAUCAAGGUAGAAGAAAAAAGAGAGACUGCUCGUAAUCUAGGGUUGAAUUGUCGCCUGCAAAUUUUCAUUCAUGCUUAUCUUUUCAGGUUCGAGUCUUUGUGUCAUUAAGCCACGAAGAUCAGUCUUUAGUUGUUCAUUCGCCUUCUGCUGUGUGGGCAGAGUCCAUAAGUACAGCAGGAUUUCAGUUAUGCUCGCGUGCAACAGGUUCUACAAAUGACACUGGAAUUAUCAACUGGAUAGCGUUUCAGGACAAACCCAUGUUAACGCAUGGAAGCGUUACAUUUAGUGGAAUAUGGACAACAGAAACCAAGUGUGACAAGGUGGCCUUUUCUCAGGUUAGAUAACAAUAAUUGAUAACAAGUGUAUAAUUUUGUUAUCAAGGUGUAAAACGUAAUUAAAUAGUAGAAACAAAUGAAAUAGUAUCAGAAAUUAUAGUUCUAAAACAAAUGAUCUCUAGUUCAAUAUCCGGAAUUUGUUCUUAUUGGAACAGGCCCGAUUAUAAUCGGGCCUGGGAAAGUGCAUUGCUAAAAGUCUUGUUAAGCUACCUCUCGGGCUUAGAUUCAAACUUUUCCUUCUAUCGCCUUUAGACAAGCCAUUUUCACGUUUUACUUUAGAACAUAGUUAAUUGAGUGGACUGGUUAUGAAACCUGUCAGACUCCUUUGUUCUAUGUUUUUGUGGACCAGAAAAUGCACAACGUUCAAAAGCAUUCCUGUCAUUUGGAUUGUUUUGACCAAUAAAAACGUUGCAUUAAUAUAUUCUGUAACAAUCUGCCAACAGAAAAUAAAGGAUUGGGCGCUUUCAGGGUGCUUCCAACAUAAAAUGUAGCACUGUAAAUUGUUAAUUUAUCAUUGAUGUUUGCCGCUUUUCAUAACCAGUCUCCUCUAAUAACUAUGUUUAGAAGUAGUGAUUGAAUAAUGCUUGACCGUUUUGAUUGUAUUGAUGUAUCAAAGGAAAUCGGGAAAAUAGAAGUCUAUUUAUUUAAUGAUGUUAAAUUUUUGGCAUUAAACCUAACAAAGUUAGCCGAACAGAAACAUUGCCGUUAGAAGCUUUAUUUAAGUAAUGGGCCAAAUAAGAUGCAUUCAACAACCUUCUCAACACUUCGUAGAAAGAGGUGAAGAGGGGUAGAAAAUUGAGUCGAUGUGAAUAGACAAGUAGUCAAGAUUUAAUUAAUCUGCUCCCAUUAGCCUUUGAUAAAUCCUUAAUUUCAUAAGUGCCUCUGAGCACUUCAUUGAUACGAUCAUGUUGAUUUAUAUCUCGAGAAAAUCGUUUAUUUUUUAGUCAAUAGUUUUUCAUAUAUCUAACAUUUUUUUUGCAGAGCUUUGCUUCCAAGCCUCGUGUAUUUGUCUCUGUUAAGUACACUCGCAGUACUAAACCAAAUGAUGCUAUGUACUUAUGGUUAGAAAACGUCAAUUCUGGAGGAUUUGAAGUGUGCUUAAGGGAAUUCUUGCCCUUUGAUGGAAAGCACCAAGAUGCAGUUGUGGUAAGUGAAGAAAAAUGCUCGAGUAAACUAUAAUAUUAUAAAUAUAAAUAAAUAAAUAACUCGACUUUGCCAUACUUCGGCAGCCCGGACAACCAAUUACCUAGAACGUUCGUAACAGUGUCUCACGCAGACAUUUCUUGUUAAAGGAAGUGUCGUUCGAUGCCUGACGUCUUUUAAAUUAAACUUCAUUUUCUUGUCCACAGGACUGGUUCGCAUUCACUGGAAAUGGGAGUCAACUUAAUUUCACAAUAACUGGAGAAGAAAUCUUUCCAAACAGUGGAAAUCCAUCGGCCAAAAACAACUACGGCUUCUGUCAGGUGAAAACUUUAGUUCUAACAAGAACAUUUAGCAAGCCACAGAACAUUUUCAGUGGUUGAGGUCACACUAGAGAAAACUUAAUAUAGUAAACCAAAAUUUACCAGGCCAUGGUGAUCGACAAUGUAUCCAAAAUGGCAAUUCCCAGACGAACGCGACUUGAAUGUGCGCAUAUUUUGGGAUUUUUAAAUUUCGCGACUUUGCAAGAAUUUUAUAUUUCGAAUCACUUCAAUUUCGCGUUGUUGAGUGGGCGAAUAUUAGAAGUGGGGACUUUACAGACGAUGGGCAAAAAUAGAGGGAGAAGUGAGCACGUUCACAUCCAUUUACUAACUUACAUUACUUUUUUACCUAUUUACAGGAAGUACCUUUCAAUACGACCUUUUACAAAUCGCCAAUUGUGAUUCUUUCCGUAAAUCAUGAGUAUAAUCUUCAGGUCAAGGGAAGCCGUCUUCCAGAAAAUAAUAUAAUAUCGUCCUGGGUUGAGGUAGGUUUGAAUUUUUAUUCUAACCUGAGAAAAAAGCCGGCAUUUCACGCUACGCCACCACUAGUUUUUCCACAAAAUGACGUCUGAUGAACGACGAUAACAAAAAUUGUAUACUGAUGAUGUGUCAACUGGGCAUGCAGUGCUUCUGAUUGGCACGACCAAUCAGGCACGACCAAUCAGGAGCAGUAUCUUGAUCUGGGAAGUGCAAAGUCAUCAUUAUGGGAUUUCUUCACUCGUUCCACAGACGUCUUUUCAACCAAUAAUUAAUUGCGUCGCGAAAUGGGGUUUUCCUCACUGGAUAAUAUUCUUGUUCAAUAAGGGAAGAGAAGUAAUCCGUAUAUUCUAGUAAAUUGAUAAAAGGACCUCGAAAGAGCCAUAAGAAACAGAUAAUUUGGAUCUGAUCCGUAAAUUUCAUGACUUGUAUUGUCUUCGUAGAAAUUAAGAAGAAAUUAUGGAUUUUCUAGUAACUGAUGAGUGCUAUCACAUUUUGCUGUAGGACGUUGGAUUAGAAUCUAUGAAGAUAUGCGUUAAAGACCUCAGCGGAUUAGGAUCGAGUCAUGAUCCCUUGAUUGUCAGCUACGCUGUUACUGGAGGUUUCUUAAUUAAUUUUCCUAUUGUAAUGAUCACUAUUUCUAGAAUUAUGAUUAUUAUUAUUAUUAUUAUUACUUUUAUUUUUAUUGAUAUCUUUUAGAAGUUUUUAUUUGUAGGAAAACGUUUCAUGAUGAUAGAAUUAACUAAACGCUGGAGUACAAACAAUGAUAAGCUUAUUCAUGUUACACUCUACCUUUGAACGCACGUAAGGAAUGAUGGGAUAAGAGCAAUUAGAGGGCAGACAAGUAAUAAAAUUGCCAAACGAGUAAUCGAGCAAUCGCGGGCGAGUUUGUUUAUUCCCUCAAAAUAAGACGACGAUUCUAGUCAUGCAAAAUGCAAAAUGUAAAGUUCGACAAGUUUUACGUCAUAAUUCCUUGCUGUGAAGACUUCUACUGUGGUGUACUGCAUUCAAAAUCACUUCCACCCAUCUUUUGCGAUUUUCCUUUCAUUUAAUGUUGAAACUUCUUUUCUAUUGUGUAGAUCAAACAAAACUCGACUGCAUUUUUGUAUUUGCAGAUUUUAUCUCUUGUUUGCCCCCUGAGAAACCACGUAACAUUGCUUUAAUUCAUUCCAUCAGCCUUAAGCGCGUGCAAAGAUGGCGGGUAUCGUUAAUAAGGUCUGCUAACGAUAAAAAUAAUAGGUUGAGUUGCCUGUGUGCAAACAUAUCAUUACUAUUUAGUUUUAAUUCAAAUAUGAAAAAUAUAUUAGAAAUUUAUGUUUUUUCCGAAUGGAUAACUACUCAAUAUUAUGUUUUUUUUUGCUUGCUGCAGAUCUUAAUCCUUGCCUUAAUGUGCAUUGCCCUCGAUUUGGAGUCUGCAGGACCUACAGUGCGCAUGACGCUCAGUGUGAGUGCGAUGACCAAUGCCCCUCAUAUAAAGACCCAGUGUGCACUGCGAACGGAACAACUUACGACAACCGAUGCUGGCAUAAGUUAAGCUAUUGCAGAGGACUCGAAAAUAAUCUGGUCUACCACCCAGGAAGCUGUGAAGGUAACGAAUAAUGAUUUCAACGAUUUUUUUGGCUGUAUGUGCCACAUAAACUAGUCUGGGAGUUAAGCUCUCGAUCGCUUAGAAUUAUAGUUGUUGGCUCAAAAUUGCAUUCAAUUUGGCUUCUAGCUAUAGGAUGUUUAUAGCGGGGCUCCCGCGCGCGCGAAGCGCGCGUGGGACAGAGCCCCAUACCCAUGGAAUAUGGUCAACCUCUUUUCGUUUGGUUGUCACGUGAUUGACCGAGCGUACGUACGUACGUACGUACGCGUCUACAGAUUGUAUGGGUGGGGUAGGGGAGACUAUCAAAAGGAAGGGAGGGGUGUCUCAGGCGUGUCUUGGCAAGUCCACAUCUUUAAUAUAGGACAUUAACAAUAUGGUCAAUUGACAGCUGUCCAAACAGGAUAGCCACUGACCAGUAUCCCAUGACCAUAUCGCGGGCUCAUGUGUCAACUCAUCGAGGUGACGUGAUUUAUUUGGAAGCUGUCCGCUGACCAGUUAACUGUUUUACUAGAUCGCGAACAACGUUCAAUCUCAUACUUUUACUAGUUUGGGAGCACAGGAAAACUGAUAAUGCACACAUAUUGGACAUCAAUGUUUUGAUCAAUUGACAGCUGUCAAAACAGAGUACCCGCUGACCAGUAUCACUUGACGUAUCGGGGCUCAGGUGUCGACCCGUCGAGGUCAAGUAUUUUUUGAAGUUAUCCGCUGACAAGUAAACUAGUUUUCAAGUGAUCGCAGGCUCAAGUUCAAUUUUUUUUUUAAUUCAUAUGAAAUAUGUUGUGUUUAUGUGCUGCACAAUUAAAAUUUUGAUUGCAAACUGACCUCGGACGUGAAAAUUCAGCCAGCUGUUACAGGCAGGAAGACAGUUGCUUUUGUUUUUUCUCACAAUGGUCACGCGUUGGUCACGCUCUACGUCCAAUUUUUAUGCUCUGAUUGGUCAAAAUUUGACAGGUGAGUUCAUGCGCAAAAUUUAUGCAGCAUCUUGAAUCUUGUUUACUUUAACAGCUGAAGCUGACAGAGUUUUGUGUCAACUUGUGAUGUUUUUAACUGUCUUUUUCCACUGGAUGUACAAAAUGAAAUUCAGCUGCUAUCAGGAGUCUUCUGUUACUCAUGGCUAGUUUGUUUAUUGGGUUUUUGGUUGAGAAAACGUCGCUUGUCAAAGUCGGAAAUCCGAUUUCGGAUGGCAUCGUUUUCGUUUUCACCUUGCUUGAUGCGUAAGAGGAUUGCAAAGUCUGAAGCGAUACUGGCUUUACCUGAUAACUUUCAGGAGCUGCAUCUCGAAUGGUAAGCCAGAGAAAUUAUUGUAUUUCAUGUUUGUUUUUUGUAUCUAAUUUAAUGAAGUGGAGCGUAGUUUAUGCGGGAAUUUAGUUUAUGCGCGUUUGUAAGAUUUGAGACAACGAUCUCACCGAGUAUCUGGUUUGAUAUAAUCUUACAGAACUUUAAAAAGCCUUUAGACAGUUUCUCACCGCAAAUAGAAAGAAAAUGUUCCAAAGAAUCUUUAGUUAUAAUUCUAGCCGGAAAAGAAAGCUUUGAGCGAUUUUCUUGCCUCGAGUUCGUCUUUGAAAAACAAACACCGGGAAGCUGGCUUAAAACAUAAACUUCAGCAAACUUAAGCUUGAAGCUUGAAGAUUCAGGAUAUUUAGGGACACUUUAAUACUUGUCUUCCUGAAUGAAAAUUGUUGUCUCUGUUUAUGUUUCACCGAAUUAUAUUUCUUUUAUUGAUUGUUAGUAGUCUCUCUUGCAAUUUUAAUCGCUAUGCCGAUUGUUUUCAGUCGUUCAGUGAACAUCGCUUGCAGGAGUUCUCAAAAUGCCGCGCGUUAAACCAUCAAAUAAAAAAUAAACAUGAUAAAUUCUUUAUUAUCUUGGAGCGUAACUCUGUUAAUGUUCAUUCAAACACUCGCUACAGCUCGCACUACAAAAGUAAGAACCGGAUGGCCGUAUAGGUGAUUUUGGAAAAUUUUUUUAACAGUUUAUGAAUAUUGAAUGAGAGCAAUUUGUAUUGUGAAAUACUGCUUUCUGUCCAUGGUAUAAAAGGUUGGUUUACACGCACCCAGAUUUGUUGGCAAGAUUUUGCAAAGUAAACUUGUCGAACGCCAAAACGUUGGCCUGUUUUUUUUUCUAAGCCUAAUUGAUCUACGGUGAUCAAUAGCCAUUACGGCUCUUAAAUGUGAUAAAAGAUGAUAACCAGUUUUUGAGUGUACAUAUGAGGCAAUCAACUCGAUGUAAGAUUUGGUUCACUCUUGGGCUGUUUGCAAAUUAUUUUUCUCUAAAAUCAGGUAGCCUUUCUCUCAAAAGUCACAUAAAUGUGCUCUAAAGUUAACUGAAUUGUGGAAUUCGAAUACAAGUUUAUUGUUUAAUUUAAAUUAUAAAUUUACUAAUGGGAGCCUCGCUUUUAGCCCUGGCUAAAUCUAUAUAUUAACUUUCCGUUACUUUUAAGCUCACUUCUAGCCCCUCACGCAGGCUAAGCAACAGUAGAGAGCUGUAACAAGUUACUUCGUCUCUCUGCUUUGGCAAACAAACACAUAGCAGCCCAGACUAUAGUCGAUGUUUGAUCUGUGUAAGCCUCUUUUAUUCUCUUUUGCCUUGCAAUCUAGUUUUUAUCGCGUAAAAUUAGAUUUACACAAAUUUGCUCGGGGAAAAUAUGGUUCAAAAAAGUGCAAAAGAGGAGGAAAUCAAACACAAGGGUGGUAAAUAUCACAUUUACGUACCAGUUUACAUGGAGUUACAUAUUUGAGGGCAAAUGCAGUAUUUAUUAUCUUUGCCCUUGAUUUCAUCCUCUUUUGUAUUUUUUUUUUUUUUGUACCCUAUUAGCACUGAGUAAAUUUGCUGAAAAUCAAAUAUUUCGCGCAGUGGCGCGAGCUCCAACGCGUACAUGUCAUCAGGUACGCUUUUGAUUUAUAAUUUUUUUUUUGGCCUCCUCCAGUACUGCAUAUGUUUAUCUUUAUACUGGCAUAUGUUUAUCUUGGGCACUGAAACCAGCAACCAGCAUGCAAUAAUAAGCAGCCACUAUACAUUUCGUUGUUGAAAGGUAGCCGACAUUGCAAGUUAUAGCCUAGUUUUAGUUCAAUUUCCACGCUUUUUUUAUCACCACCCUUCACCACUUAGAGUGACACUACAACGCAAGCUAAUGAAGCUACGACCUUAGCGAUAAUGCUUAAAGAGUACAGUGAUGCUUCCUUAUCAAGUACUUAAUUUAUUAUAAAACAGGUUUUCCAAUUGUUCGGGGCCGUGUAGAUCUGCUACAGGUUCCAAAAUGGUCAGAUUCAAACUGUCAGACAGUCACAUUUCCUCCAUACCGGUUUUAUCCUGAUAAACAAGUUCAUGUUCAAAUAACCGUCAAUCACAUGAAGCUGAAUGACUCUGUGACAGUCCACGACGCUGUUACUUCAUGGACAGAAAGUAUCAACACAAAAAACUUCACCGUCUGUGUCAUGCAAACCGGAAGGAAAGAAGAAGGUGCGAAUCCAUUUGCCACCAUUGAUUGGGUGGCUUAUCAAGGUGCACCGCCCGAAGGAUUGACGGGAACGGUUGAGUUGCAGAAAUGGUGGUCUGGUACCAACUGCGCAGAUGUGACUUUUCCUACGGUGAGAGAUUAUAUAAUUGAUGCAAGUCCCCAAGGCAAAUGUUAGACUUUCAUUCAUCUGACAGCUUUAAUCCACGCCGUCUUUAAAUAAAAAAAUAACGGAUCAUUACGAGGUGACUAGGAAGAAAAAAGACGAUUGCUACAAUAAAUAACAAGACAAGGUUAGGUAAUAAAUAAGAAGGGGAACUUACUCAGUGAUUAGUUGCGUGUAAUUUUUGCAGCAGUAUUCAUCUUAACAUGACUUCAGUUGUUUUUAUUGUGUUUUUUGGGCUUUUUCUUCAGGGCAAGUUUGCUGAGGCGCCAAUAGUCCUUGUGACGUCAGAGCACCUGAGGACUGGUAAAGAGUAUGAUGCUGCUCUCAUUUGGAUUGAAGACGUAACUAAGGACUCAGUUAAAGUCUGUCUUCGUGAAAUGCAAAACUUUGACGGUAGACACCAAGAUAUCACUGUGGUACGUUCUUAGUGAUUUUCUUAGAAACUGGAAAGCGAAUGUCUGCAAAAUUUGUAAGGAUUGUUGGUCUGUUAACCAUAACAGCGCGGUUAAGUUGAAAUGGCGUUGAUAACUUUAAAGAUCGUCCGGGCGAGUGAUGGUUCAGUCGAACGAAGGGAACUGCAAAAAGAAAAACAUAAAAAGAAACAGAAAUAUAAUAAUAACGAAAACAAGAAAAACAAGAAAAAAAAACUGAAUAUCAUUACAAGAAGUGAAUUUUAAAUAGCACGCAAAUUGGUCUGCCUUGUCCCCAUGCUUCCCUUCUUGACGUUUUUACGCGAUUCCCCCAAUGUCGUAAAAAAUUGUGGAUUUGCAUCCUUUCCUUGACUUUUUGCGCUCUUUGUUAGUUCACAAAUUUAUAGAGUUCAAAAUGCUUAGGUUCACUGAAAGGGCCUUGAAAAUGCAGUUGAUUUUAAAUAAAUUUUCUGUGGGUAUGUUACAAGACUGUUACAAGUACGGGUGGCAUCAUUUUUGUUUUUUCCUCUUUUCACAGAACUGGUUUGCCUUCUCCAAACUGCACAAGCCUCUUUUCACUGAACAUGGCGUCAUAAGUUUUCCAAAUACGAACCCACCUUCGGAUAAAAUGAACAAUGCUUAUUGUGAGGUGAGAAAAGAAUUCUUUGCAAAAUUAUAAGCAUAAGCGUGCUAUUCACAGGAUUUUCCGUCACAAAUAUUUAGCUUACUUACAUCACUGUUUAUAUCUUCAAAACACCUAUAGUCAUAUACACUGUACGUGGUAGAGAUCAAAGUAACCAGAAAAGCUAAGAAGCUGGUUCACAAAAUAAUGUUUGAAAAACGUUAAUCAAAAUAUUAAAAGGGCAGUUCGUUCUGUUAAAAUGAUUAAUCGCAAAUAUUGUUUGUCCAACCGUGACUUCAAAAAUAAACACAACCGAAGGUAACUAAAGUUAAAGGAAACAGUGUUAAACGUUGUAUGUUUCUCUUCCAUGGCAGUUCGUCACAUUCACGAGAGCUUAUAACUCGACUCCGACAGUGCUUGUCUCAGCCAAUCACAGCACGACAGUAUCUGGGAAUUCAGCACCGAUCCACAACGGAAUUACAACUUGGAUCGAGGUAAAAGUUUCCGUCAGGGGGCGAAUGUGUAGGGAUGUGUCCUGGCAAAAAAAAAAUUUAAACCGAAGCUCGACGAAAGAUAAAACUGAACAGAGUCACGCCUGAGGCGAUGUAUAGGUCGAUAAUAGAUGUGGCUCAAAAUGGACCAAGAAAAUUUGAGAUUGCUUAUUGGCUAACUUCAUGUUUUCGAUCGCGAAUGUAAUUAUGUAGGUAUUAUUCAUUAAAGUUUGAAUAAUAUCUUUAAAUACUCAGGCGCCUCGGUGGUCUCAAACUUUAAAUCUGACGGUUCGGGUUUAAACGUUACCGUAGUUUUUUUCUUGGAACAAGUCAUUUGCUGUCUUCAUCAACGGGGAUCAAGGUUUAGCCAGACUGUUUGGGCCUUAUAGCUCCUGCGCCACCAUCAUACCUAUUAUUAGGGAAAAAAAGAAUAUUUUGGAUAACCUUUGAACCUUUUAAUUCCUUUAGCUUUUAUAACUUUGUUAUUUCUAAACCUUCCAAUCUUUUAAUUUUCUAGCGGUCUUUGCAAGCUUUCAUCAAACCACGGUUUUCAGUUACGGCGAAUAUGUUUGCAUUUCUAUGUCACAUAAAAAGACUGUAGGAGAAAGGUUUAAUUUCAGAGACUAUUCUAACAUUCACUCCACGUUAACCCAGUUGUUUAUGGUUACAACUGCAUAAAAUGUACCAGCUACGUUAAGUGUUUAUUUUUUCAGAACAUGAAUACCUCUGGAUUCAGAGUCUGUGUCAAGGAAUUAUACGGGACCAGAUAUGACCCCUUGUCCGUCAGUUAUGCUGUGCUUACAGGUCUGUAAUAAGUACUGAACUCCUUUAUGAAGUAGUUUUUGGCAAACAUCUUACCCGAUUCAUGAGGAAUUAUAAAUACUUUGGAAGUGCUAUAAACUAACACAAGCAUAUGGUUUGCGAGUCAUGCCGAGUGAGAGUCAAGAGGGUAACAAAAUUCCAGUCGCUUUUUGUUCAAAUUUUCUACUUUCGGUUCCCCAUUUACUGCUAGCAGCAGCUAGGGUACCAUUUUGAAGUCCUUGUCUCAAAGAAAUUAGGGACCUUAAGAUGUGAGGACGGCGACGGCAGGUAAAACGUCGCUUAAAAAGUGAAUUCGUAGUUUUCAAUCUUCAUCGCGAUUUUUCCAUCUCGCUUACUUUGUCGAAAGUACGCUACUCCUCCUGAAGUUGAAUUCCUAAGAGCCUUAUAACAGUUAAGCCGAGAAAGAGAAGGAAAAUUUCGUCGUUGCUUGAUUACGUCUUCUAAGAAACAUGAAACUAGGCAUUUUCACGUUGUAGUCGUGCAACGACGGCUAAGAAAUGUAGGAAAAAGCGUGCUGGCACGUGCAUAGUUGUUGUUUUACUAUUAUUAAACCUAUUGCUUUUUGGCCGUUCUCAUUGUCGUCGCCGUCGCCGUCGCCGGAUCUUAAGGUCCCUAAUAACUCAUAAUGACAGAAGACCUCAGUUGCCGAAAUGAAAACCAUCAUGCAUCGAACAAACGUUAAAAGUUAGUGUUGCUUCAGAAUUUUUACUCCAAUUUGAAAAAGUGAUCCCUCUUUCAUCAUGACACCAAUCCUACUCUCCUCAAGAUAAGAAUAAUGAUGAUGGUCUACUCGCUGCCCCGAAAAAAACGUUAAUUAUUUUUAAUUAUCUUUUCUUAUCACCCUUGCAACAAUACUCCUACAAAAGUGCCGCUAGGGAUAAACAAUAUCUAUCAAUCCGACCAUAAUCAUAUUUAUUAUAUAAUAAUUUAUACUGAUAUCAGCAAUCUAAAUCUUUUCCUCUUUUUACAUUUUGUUAGAUAUUUGUGAUCCUGGCUGGAACUAUUUCAACGGCUUUUGCUAUUUCACAAGUAAGACUUGUCAAAAUUGGACCACAUCACUGGAUAAAUGCCGACAAGAAAACUCAGUUCUUGUUGAUGUCCAAAACAAUGAAGAAAAUGUGUUUUUACAGCAUCUUCACAAUGGAGCAAAAUCCUGGCUGGGAAUGAAUGAUAUUUUCACAGAGGGCUCCUUUACUUGGGCAGAUCGUGGUACUGGGAACUUCACAGCUUGGGCCAAAAACCAACCCAACAAUUUUCGAGAUGAAGAUUGUGUACAUACCCUUGGUGUUGAAUACAAAUACGAAUGGAAUGACGUGAAAUGCAGUGACUGUCAUCAGUAUACUUGCAAGAAAGGUAUAGUUUUUCAUGUAUGUUUACGUGUAAGGUUACGGUCAUAAAAAGAGAUUAUUAUCUCUGAAAAAUUACAUGAUUAAAUGAUAUCUUGUCAUUAAACAGAGACAAACAAAAGAGUUGAAAAAAAAUAAUUAAGUGAUGCAAUGAGUGAACUGAUGGAUAUGUUGCGGUGGGUCAUCCUUGGUGUUAAAACCUGUGAAGUUUUUCUUUGUUUUCUAUAUUGUAGCUACUAGUUAUAGCUAUCGCUAAGUGCCAACGAGUAAAGCUUUUACUUAUUGCUGGUUUUCACAUGACGUCACUAAAAUUCAAACUAAAAAACUAUCGAUCCUACCGUGAUUUUGCUUUCACGAUGAAUUAGAGCAGCUGAAAACUAAUUUUCAUACAAAUUUUCGCUUCAAAAGGAUUCUUGGUUUUGUGAUAGAGUACGCUUGAAUUUCUAAGCUUUUGCGUGACGCGGCAUUUACAUGACGGCCAAGAGAGCUGUCAUGUAGGUUAAAAACAUGACUUAUCUCUCAGGAAAUUUUGCUAUCUAAACAGUUCAUGUAUUAGAAAAAGUAUUACUUUAAUGAAUGAGUUUCUCGAAGAAAAACUUCGCGCUUCCGUAGCAAAACUCGGUAACAGAUGUUUCUGUUGGUUUCCGUCCGCCAUGUUGGAGCUCAUCCAGGUGAACACCAGCAAGGUGUCUCGAUUUCAGCUGAAAUAUCUGUGUUCGUAGAGCUUUGUGUGAUAAAUAAUGCUUCGUCUUCCGAGGAAUCUAUCUCCUUUCAAAACUGAGGCUUGUACUGAGCAGAAUGACUGAAUUCUCUGGGUUAUAAAGAAUACAGAUUUGCAGUGUUACACGCCUUGCACGUGUUAAUUUCAUUGUUGGAAUUGUUUUAAACAACUAUAACAAUGAACUACAAUAACAACCCUCGGCUUCCCUAAAAUCGAAGAUUCAUCACAAAGAAGGAACAAUAGGAUUUGACAAGAUCCAACACAGACAAACAACAACAGGACAAGGAUCAAUAAUUAUAAUGGAUAAUUACUUCGGCACAUGGCAUUAUGAGAACUAUUGUGAGCUCAUCUGUUCUACUGCAUAAAGAAUUUGAAAUCCCCACUUUACAUAGCAAGUUUUUCGAGAUAUUGAAGUUCGUGGUUUUGUCCGAAGUUGACCACAUAUCAUUUUGGGUAAAACUUAGUGGUCUUAUAAGGAAACUUAGAAUCCUUGAAAAAUCAUAUCAAAGUCCGCGAAUAGUCAUCGUACAGACUUAAAUUUGGUCUCUUUUUAAAGCUAAAUAAGAAUUACGGUGCGCCGAUGAAGAAUUCCGAAUUAUUUUGCUGCAAAGACACAAAAAAAUUUCGCGGCGUUAUUUUUCGUAGCGGCAGGCAAUAAAAAAAGUCCAGCGGGCAAAUGCGCAGCCAUACGCGUAUGUUGCAAAUAAAUCCAGCCGAUGAUUGGUUGAAUGAACACGAAGGAUGAACACAGGACUCACAAGCACUCACACGACUCGUGGAUUCUCUGUUCUGUACUAUCACUUGUUCCCUCGAAAACAAUGCAUUCUCUGUUCUGCAUUACGUCGUAAAUGUUGUCGUACAUUACUAUAUGUUACAUCGAUUCGAGUUUUUUUCUGCCCCUGGAAUAGUAUCUCGCACGGCCCUAUUAGGCUUGCGCCUCUCAGCCUCGCGUCUUCGCGAGGAUGCUUGUUUAAGGAAUUAUUUCCCUUGGCUCUAUUAUGUUGACUUGUCAGGGGCUUCUUUGUAUUAAUUGUUGUACGUCACUCGUGAGUUUCACAGGUUUUUACACCCCGGAGAAUGACACGCUGUAGUUCAAUUUUGUCCUUGGUUUAAAAUUUAUUUCCCUUUUUUCAAACUCAUUAUCAUACCUGAAUAACAUACCCCAAAAGAAAAGAAAAGAAAUUAAACCAUAGAUGAAAUUGAACGACAACUGAAAUAAAUGAGUAAAUGACAAGCUUAUGAACAAUUCCUAAUUAUAAUUCAAACUUCUUAUAUUUAUUAGAUUAAACGCCGGGGCGUUUAUUAAAUUUUUCGUUAUUCGAGUGCGGCGUUUAUUUAAUAUCCGUUUAUUUCUUGCAAACAAUAGUAUGGCAACUGAGCAUUAAAACUUUAAAAACAGAAACAUGUUUUACUGCUUGUCUAACUAAAGUCAUUAUCUAUAUCUUUCUCAAUUUCACAAUUUGCAUGUUAAUAUACUACUGGAAUACAUAAAGUGAAUAAAGUUAAUUAUAUUCCUUUGAGCUUCGAAUGUACUGAUCUUAAAGCGUUGUUAAAAUCAAAGAAAAUAAUUUUUUCAGGCUUGCUCAAACAUGAUUAUUACUGCAUGCAUUUACUUUUUGAGUCUAUUAUUGGAAUAAACACCGCAUCAUGACGUGGCGUUUAUUCGAGGGCGGCGUUUAAUCGAAUAAUGACGGUAAUUAAAGAAUUGAUAGCUGCUGUAAUUGCAGUAACUAAACAUGGUAUCUUUCGUACAUUACAGAUCUGAAUGAGUGCAGCAGGGACAAGUAUUAUUGCCAUCGUUUUGCCACCUGUUCGAAUAAUCGUGGUUCCUUCACUUGCACUUGUGACCUUCAACAAGGUUUUAUGGGGGAUGGCUUUGAGUGCUCUUAUUAUGCAAGUAAGUGAUCUUAUGCAAAGAAUUAAUUUUACAAUGCCGAAGUUUAAAGAUCACGAGAAGGGCAAUUUUGUAUCAUUUUCAACCACCGAGAAAAGGGUUUGAAAACAAGGACAGGAAAUUUUUUGUAAAAUUUUUAACUAUUAAUCUGUAAUAUAAGAAACCAGUUUUAAGUUUGCAUGCCUUCUGUUACAAGCUGACUUUAUAUGACAAAUGAAGGGGUGUUCGAGCAACUCGCUCCCUUGACUUAGAGGUACCAGGUAUCUGGGCCUAGCUGUUCAAAGGCCGAUUAGCGCUUAACCCAGGGUUAAAUUUAACCCGGGUUUCUAUUUCUUUUGUUCAAAAGCAUUUUAAUUUCUCGGAUAAUUUUCUCUGUUAUUUUUAAGAGCAUCCAAUCAUCAACUUGUUUACAAAAAGAAUAAAACUGAAAUUACUCUCUAAGCUUUUAUUUCUGAAUUCAAAUUUCGCACUAACCCUGAGUUAUCUUAACUCAGCUUGAACAACUCGGCCCUGAUUUACAUUAGCUUACAUUUUGGGAUUCUUUAUUUUUCGCAGCAGUUCGAUCAUAUGUUUUCUUCUACAGCAUCACAUUCCGACUGCUGCUGAACAUAACUACAACAUAACCGCACUCCACUCUAACUGCGCCAAAUAUUGCGAAAAAGGCUUAAAUAACUUAACGUUCGGGCUUGCUGACAAUGAGAGUAACGAACGCACUUUCCUAAUGAGUUUAGGGAUUUCCUGUUGAUCACCAAAGUGGAAAAAACAAACCUAUAAGGUAUGAUAAUGACAUGAGCAAGAAACCAAUGAAAGCUUGACAGCUGAUACCACCGGGCUCUACCGUAAACCAAAACAGGAACUCUGAUGUAGGUAACAAACACGGUCAGCGGUAAUCCCUAAACGUGUCCGAUUCAGGGGCUGACACUCAAAUUUUAAUAAAUGACAAUUAUGUUGAAAAAACUACUAAGAAAGGUAACAAAAUACGGAUGAACCUUGAUCUACAAACCUAAUCAUAACGAGACUCUAUAAGGUACGGGUGUAACGUCAAGUGCAAACAUGAAAUAGACUAAAAUAACCUACAAAAUACGGCUUCACAACAGAAAAUGGGACAUAGCUGCAGUACAGCUGUACCUCUUACUUUAGUAGCUUAAGUAAACAAGUGUAGGGACCGGAGGAGACCAUACAUCGCGCGUCUCAGUCAAAUCUUGAAAACUGGAAUAGUAAGUGACAAGAAAUAAUUACUCUCGACAUAUCAUAAAGAACGUAAAUGCAACCUCACCUGAGAAACAGGUUCUGAAAGGUUAAAGCAAAGCCUGCAUGAAGUUUCCAAAACUCCCGGCCGUUAUGCGACGCUUUCCUCAUGCCAACCAAAAAUAAAUAAACAAACUAUCAAACAAGAUCUGAACAGCAAAAGAAUUUUGAUACCUUUGUCGUUAUUUGUAAUCUCUCGAUAAGCAUUGUUUAUACUAUUGUGGGGUGGCAAGGGGACAGUACAAGUUUGGUUUGAAAGGACACAAUGAUUUCAGCUAUUUCAGCUCUGUUGAGGAACAACCUGUUAACUUAGAAAAGAUGCAUGAAAAACGAGUAAGGGUAAUCUGAGUGAGCAAUCACAGACUCUUGUAAAGUGAUUCAAAUUUUGGUGCAAGUUUGCAAAAAAAAUGAUCAGUCAUUCGCCCCAGCUUUCGAGUUCUAGUAUGCCCUGCUAUGGCAAAUUUAUGCGCCAAAGUUAAUGAUAGUUAUGGUAAUAAAAUAAUGUUUGGAAUAACUAAAUCCUCAAUUUGUCUUUUAUGCUGUUCUUUGGCAUCUUAUUCAGCUACAUACCCUGUUGGAAUGGUUAAACAAUUUUGGACCAACUCCCCUCCUUCUGUCCGUGUUUUUUCCUUUAGUGUUUUUUCAAAACACUAAAUGAUCUGCAGUCUUAUAUUUUCAGUUAAUUUCACAAAUCGAAAAAAUCCAGCUAAACCCUGAAACUAUCAUAUUUCGCGUGCCUGAUCCUGCAUGGCUUUUUCGAUUUGUGAAAUUUACUGAAAAAAUAGGACUGCCGGUCAUCUAGAGUACUGUUUUGAAAACCUUGACCGGCAGUCGACGUGAAAAAAGUUCUAAGUCCUAUAUUUUCAUUAAACUUCACAAAUCGAAAAACUACCAGGAUCAGGAUCUCGACAUAUGAUAGUUUCAGGGUUUAGCUGGAUUUUUAGCUGGGGAGGGUAGCUUUGGGCAAAUGAUGUAUCGGUCCCCAGAAAGAUCACCCCAGGACUCCCAGGAUGGAUUUUUUUGUACAGUGCCCAGGCCUCAUUUUCUUGGCCGCGCGUUGAUCUGGCCCGGCUGCUUCGGCGAGCAUGUUCUUGGUCUUUUUGCAUUAUAUCCUUUGAAUUUGUCAAAGUCUGUGGGAUUCGUUUUUCUUUCUGGGAAAGCUUCAUUGGUUUCUAUAUCUGCUGCUAUCCUAUUUCUACGAUCCUGGCAUGUUUAUUUUCCGUUGGAGUUCGAAUUUCGUGGAAAAAGUUGUGUUGGAAGGGAGCAUGUCGGCGAAAAUGGCACCUCGUGUCUCCUACCUUGUACAUUAUUAUUGUAUAUAGAGUGAAUUUGAACAAAUUAUCACGAAACGUCGUUGGAGCAUUAAGGACAACAACAACUAACUGCAGAGUAAGUUUUAUUGAUCUUUAUUUAGUAUUUCCUACAAAUUUUAGGAUCGUAUUUUUACCCCAUACAAACACUGUAAUUUUACUGGAACCGUACUGUGGUACUAUCACAGAGCCUGGGUUACCUGUGCACCCAGCAGAGCAGGAAAUCAUCACAUUCACGGCCAAUAGUCCAGUUUCGAAUUAAAAAUUACCACUGAAUACAAACAUUAACGACACAUUCAUACCGGGUUAGCCACGACGUAAAGUAAAAUAUUCAGAAAUUCUGGCAAGUAAGUGUUUGAAAUUUGAAUAUACACUAUAGACAGAGUAAUAAACAGGUCUUUUUCUCGUUGGAAUUUGUAUAUUACUUCAGAUGGAGGCUAAGGCUAUAAAAAAAUGCGUCGUCACCUCUUUAAUUCAGCGGUCAUAGCGAACUCGAAAAUGGACUAUUAUAAAGAGCAAAGGAAAUGACCUGUAAAUGUCACACAAACAACAGCAAAGAUAAGACUGAUUCGCUCAGUUAAAGUUUGGAAUCCUCCACAGCUUAAUCUACGGAUUUUGGAUUUAAGAACUAAUAAAAAUUUGCAACGCCUUGCAACACGAAAAAUUCACGAACAAAUAAGGCGCGUAAUAUCGGCGUCAUUUUCGAUAACACCGUAACAACAUAGUUAACAACAUAGUUAAAGUGGCAUUCUACCACCUUAGAAAUAUAGCUAAGAAUCGCAAGUAUAUCAAUGUCACAACAGCUGAAGUUCUUGUGCACGCAUUCAUAAAUUCGAAGCUGGAUUUCUGCAACUCGCUUUUACAUGGUCUUCCCAAGUAUGAAAUUAACAAACUGCACAGUGUCCAAAACGCUGCAGCGCGUGAUUGCUUGCUUACGCAAGUGUGAUCACAUAAGUGAUACUCUAAAGGAGUUGCACUGGCUACCAGUGGAGCAAAGAAUAAUCUUUAAGAUUAAUCUUAUUUGUUUUAAGAUACUCAUCAAUUUAGCUCCUGAUCUUUUUACCUAAUCCCUGUUUUUGAACCUGCGAGGUACCUUCGCUCAUCUUCAGACAAGGAUGUAAAUAAGUUUAAAUCUAAAUUGAAGACCUUAAUUUCUUUUUAAACGAGUUUACGGACCAUCUUAGGUUUUUUAUUUUGUAUUUUUGUGACUAUGUAUAUAUAUGUAAAUGAUUUUAGCAUUUUCAGUUAUUAUCCAGACCUUUUUGAAGCAUUGUAAAGCGCUUAGCACUGAAAAGUAUAGGCGCUAUAUAAAUAUUUAUUAUUAUUAUUAUUAUUAUUGUUAUUAACAAUUCCAAAUUAAACGAAACCAAGGAUCAGUUGAGAAUACGAUCCACGAAACGCUUACACAUUGAACCAGUAAUGGCCCCGAAAUUACACACUUCACAGAUUUUCAAAGGCCUUACAUAUGUUUGUUUGAAUAAACAACAGGCAAAUUUACUCUAGUAUCUAGGAGUAAUUUUCUCAAAACCAGAAAAAAUUACUACACACCUGAAAUAGGCAAGAAUUCAAAGACCACUCCACUCAGAAUGCAUGACAAUCACAACUGUUUACAUCACGUUCGGCAGAUCUUUCUCUGCGUUACAGAGACGCACGCCAUCUUUCUUUGUUUCACAUGUUCCUCUGAUGGUCCUUUACAAAUAACGCGUGGUCUCAUGGAAUUUGAAAGGAAACAAAAUAAUGCCGGCGCAAAAGCCUUGCAAAUACUGAUUUUUCUUUAAAGGUCCAACAUGGAAUUAUCAGUGACGUCAUCAUAUAUCCAGAAAUGGAUAUCUCCCGGACUGAUAAGAAAAAUGUUAAUAAAGAUGUUAAAUUUCAUUGUUUUUCAGUGGAUAAAGCCUCAAAAAAUGAGACACUAACUUAAAGUACAAAAAAUUGGACACCUGUAUAGAAUUUUAAAGGGACCCAUUUUCAAAGUGAUCAAAAUAUCUCGAAACAAAAUUAUUGAAACAACAAGACAUUCCUUGCAAAAAAACUAAUACAAAUUCACCACGACUGACAAAUUCGAAUUUUAAACCUCAAUUGGACAUGACAGGCUAAGUUAGCUUAAUUCAAACUCGUUCCGACUGUAAGAAAACAAGACAGUCUAUUUUCUGCAACUGACUCAACAUUGCUUUACUUUCAAGUGCUACUUUUCUUCGUGAACUUCAUCCUCGCAAGUCAAUUCAUUGCAUAUAGCCCCUACGUACAUUCAGAAUCUAUUUUCUUUGAAAUCGCAAAGCAGAUAUAACUUCAGAUCGUCUGGUUGGAUGUUUUGGUAAUGUCGCCAACAAUAAGAACUAAGGUUCAGCAAUAGGCGAUGGGUUCUUCCAGGUGGCUGCGCCCAAGUUAUCGAAUGCUUUAUAAGACCCACCCUUUAAGAUCUGCUUAAGGUGAUCUUAAGUUUUAAAAAUGUUAUCGCCGAAUGGACCUUUUACGCCCAACAGUUUCAUUUUCUCCGCCAAAAACUCUCCAGAGUAGCUGCCAUUGCUUUUUUUCUCUUCUCCUCCUUUCCUUCUCCUCGCUGUUUCUUUUUCUCCUUUCCUUUUCCUUCGUUUCUGUAAUUUUGGAGCAUCUCGGACUUAAGAAACCUGCCUUUUGACACCUUUUCACUCAAAUAACUACAAAUUUCGUUUGGUUGGUUUUCAAAAAAUAGGUUACAUAUAUUUCUGUCAUAUUUUGUUAUUACCAUGUCAUUAUUUGUUUUCGUAUUGUAAAUAGAUUUUUAAUGUUUUUAUUAUCUGUUAGUGUAAGGCGCAUUUAAUCAUUGUUAUGGACUUGCGCAAUCUAAGUGGAUAAAAUAUUGAUUAAUAUUGAAGUGACGUUUCUAACACGUUUAGGAAUUCAAAAUAGUCUUCAUUGAAGUAGACUCAGGUUAACCUGGUACUGUUGUAGUUCUGAAAAAUGUGUAUCUAUAUUAACGGUUUUGAGAACAACGCAAGAAAAUAAAAAUUUAAAGUGUCCUUCUUUUUUCUUAAAGCCGUCAUGUUUUUUUUUAGGCCUCGGAUAAAAACAACUUCAGGUCUUAGGCCGUUUCCUAAAUCCGGCCAAAUUAAAUGGCUCUCUACAUCACUACUGCUUAUUUUUUUGUUUAUAUCUCGUAGGAGGAUUGACAGGCUCUGCUAUUGUGGGAAAUGAUGUUAGCUACUUAACAUAUUUGAGCACUUUGCUCAAACCAGUCUCGAGCAAAUCUUCACGAUGGAGGCGCUGUUGGCGCGCGUCCGUGGACGGCUGGGCUGCCAAUACUUUUCACAGCGGAUGUGACAACAAAGGACCAACUGUAACAAUAAUAAGAGUCGGGGGGAAGUACAUAUUUGGGGGGUAUACCAGCGUAUCUUGGGGUAAGUUGAAGGAUUUUCUAAACCUGAGCGUGAUAGCAUGUAAAAUUGUGUAAGGAAGAAUUUGUAAUAGGUCUUUUUUUAUUACUUGCCGGCUUGAAGGGUCACUUCACCUAUCGUGUAAACGUGAUCAAAUUAAAAUGAGAGAUUAUAUGGACAAGCGGGUUACUCCAACUAAGUGGGCCAUUACCAUACCAAACUACCCCCCCCCCCCCCCCCCAGACACACACACACACACACAAGCCCUUAAAAAUUGCAUUCACGCUGCGUUUCAAACUUUAUUCCUAAAUCGCCCUUAUUCCAUCUCGUUCAAUUUGCCAAAUGCUGGCGAAGUUCUUUUUUCGGGGUUAAAUUCCAAAGGUCCCUGUCAAAGAAAAGAAAUAAGAAUCGUUGUCUUACGUUCAGGUACUCCAUAGAACGUGAAAUUAGGACGUUUCACGUCGUAGUCGUGCAACGUCAUGGUAAAUAAAAUAUGUUCCGACUCGUUGCGGUAGCUGUCAUCGUUGACGGCCUUGACGGACAACGAUCAAUUAAAAUAAAUAAGGAGGAGAAUGGAAUUUUUUUAAGCUCAGUUUUUUUUAAAUCUCCGACAUUUCUCUUAUUAUCCUUAUUUUUUUCAUCACAACGUAAUGCACAAGUUUUUUUUUUCCCUUGUUGCAACAAAUUUGGAAUAUAGAGCAGCAGAAAGACAGAGAAAUAGAGAAAGUAGGCGGCAGGCCAGCGAAGCUCAACGAGAAAAAGGGCGACAGAGGUCUAGAGCGAGAGAUAAAAAACAGAGGAGACAUUUUUUUUGUUGGAAGAACAACAUGAAAAUUUUGUAGCGACGGUGACAAAAUGGGAAAUGCCAGUGGCCACCAAUGCAAGCUGAAAGUGAGCGGGCAGUGAAAAAAAAGUUGAACGAGAACACGUACGACAUUUCCUCCAUAAAACGUGUAACCAAGAAGUUUCUGGAAGUUUCACGUUGUAGUCGUGCAAAACAACGGCAAAGAAUGUAAAAAAAAAGCGUGCUGUACGUGCCAGGAGCUAUUUUUGCUAAUUAGACCGAUUGCUACUUUUCACCUUUCUCCGGCGUUGCCUUCCCGCUUAGCACUACACGAUUUUAUAUUUUGUUUGAACAAACUAUAAAUUUUAUCGAGAGCUUCGCUUUUCGCCCUGGCUAAAUCUAUAUAUUAUUUAUAUUUACCACUAAAACUCUAGAAGGAAAUAACAACGGACAAUUUUAACAAAGGCCACACGAAGCCGUUCACGCUUUCCCUUCAGUGAAAACUGUGAGAAUUUGUCCUGCGACUUAGCUUGGUAAGGGAAAGAUGCAAAUACUGGACAAAAAUUGCAAAUGCAAAUUCCAACCCUUGAGUUUGGUUCGUCAAAAUGUAAAUAACAAUAUUGGCACUGAAUCAGUGUACUAUUCAUGCUACUCAUGGAGGUAUGUAUGGUCCGCAUUAGUUUGGGAAAAUUAGCAUAACGUCAAAGGAGUAAAUGUUAUAAGCCGAAUUUUUGGCCGGUUUGUACUGUUUGCCUUGAAAUUUCAAGGUGUUGCAGUGAAUCAAUCUCACUAAAAGUUUCAGACAUUAUUGUAAGCAUUGUGAAUAUACGAAGAUUAUUUGACGAGGUUUAAAAAGAAUUCUGUCGAGCCGUUCUGUAGAGAGAUACAGAAAAGCGCUAAAAGUCAAAAUUUAGAAGAAAGUUGCACUUAAACAGGUGGUGAGAUAACUGGUUAGUUUUCAGGAUGACAAGAAAGAAAAUACGCCAAAAUUUCCAAGCAGCAAAACAUGAUAUUAAACAGCAUUCUGAUGCUACUUAAGACAAAUUUAUAUUAUUUACAGCUUUUUUUAUUAAACAAUUUAUCACGACUAUUGAAAAUAUAAGGUUUGUAAUAUAUUUACGUUUUAUUUGAAAUCAAACAUGCAAAAUUUUUUAUUUCUUACGGAGGUUAUUUGCUAAACACGACAAGUUUCUGGUGUCGGAUUUUCAGUAGCAGGCCUAAAUCGCUGAAAAUUCGGCUAUUAUUGUUUCAUUUUUUUGUCUAUUGUUGCCAUAGUGAUAUCGAUUUUACUUAAAAAGUCCAAAGUCAGUAAGUGUUAAAAAUUUCAUAGCCAUCGAACAAGGAUAAAAGACUUCUAAGGCGAUUGGAAAAUAUCGGUAUGGUCUUCGAAAAAACUGUAUCGAAAACACCUUGAGUGACAACCCCAUAUACAGGGGACACAAAAUUUGGUCCGGGAAAGACGUCCACAUGAUCUUUAUAUCUGUUACCUAUAUUGAAGGGACACCUCUAUUUAAGGGAAAGGGACAGGUUUUCUUGGUCCUGAAACCUGGCUUUAACCUCCAUUCAGGGGACACCUUAGCACUUAAAACGUGACUGACCACAAAGAAGGUUGAUGUCUUUAAGUGUACACUAAUGAUCAUGAUGGCAGCUUUCACAAACUGAACUAUCUCACUUACAUCGAUAUACUGCAAUAUUUUUUGUCAUCUUAGCUUUUUAAAUAAGAAGAAGUUUCUUCCUUCCAAAAGUAAACACUUAAGUAAGAAUAAAAUUAGUAUUAAAAUCACACUUUUCAUCGAUCUUUGCCAAGGAACUUAUACUACUAUUAUUAGUUAUCAGUAUAUUUGAAUUAUCGAAUUUUUUGAACGAAGUCUGUGCAUUGGUCAUCUUUUUCAUUUCUUAUUUUCCCAACAGGUUACAGCAGUUGCUACGGGUAUCGAUAUGAUUCCCAGGCAUUCCUUUUCUCGCUGGUGAACAAGCCAGGAUGGGCACCUGUGAAACUGCCUCAGACAGGGACACAUAGUUAUUACAGAUGUUCAAUAUACGACUGCUCGUCUUAUGGACCUACUUUCGGUGGAGGCCAUGACCUUUACAUUGCCGACUACGCGUCAUCAAGUAGCAGUUCCUACACCAACCUUGACCAUGAUUACAGCGCACCAAGUGGGUACAGCUUUGGAAGCACCUUCACCCAGACAUUUCUAGCAGGCACUUAUAGUUUUUCUCCAGACGAAGUGGAAACAUUUUACGAAACAACCUAAAAGCUCAAGCAUCGUAUUCAGCUUCAAACGUUACAGUCACUUAAUUUAACACUGAUUAAGCCAGGAUAAUAUUUUUUUAUAAACCAGGCAAUGAAAAAAGA